AUGGUAUACACGAGACGUAAAAGAUCGGUUAAAUCACACGAAAAUGAAGCAGCGACAUCUACAAAAGUAUUAAAAAGUGGCAGAGGAAAGGCGAAUAAAGCGAUGAGAAGUGGCGCGAACGCCGUCAGAGAAACUGAAAGAGAAAAUGAAAAAGACGCGUUGAAAACAGGACUUCCUGAAGUCGUUGAAGAGAUGCGAACAGUUACAGCUGCUGAUUCCAUCGAAGACGAUAUGGAAGAAAUUGCCGCUCCAUAUUCGUCAUCGAAUCGUCGUGUCGAUUCGCCAGUUUAUGAAAACUUAGAAAACGUGCGGCACGAGGAGCUGUUAUCAGCUAAUGUGAAGGGAGAGUACACAUCAACACCGAAAGGUCCAAAAUCAAUCCCACCUCCGAGAUUUAUCAAAAAAGAGAAUUAUUCGACAAGUGUCUUUUGUGGUACGAAUGAAGAGUCUACAAGUCACUCGUCAUCGUUUUCAAAUGGUUUGAGGGAUUAUCAUGUCCCCGUAACUCCUUCUCAGCCAUGUCCAACGCCUUCGUAUUCGAAUAGAGUUAAACCUUUCCAAUCUGAAACGGGUGUUCGUGAGCGACAAACCCAUUUUUCGACUAAUAAUAAUACGUGGGAUCCAGUCGGUUUUUCUGCAAACAAUUUGUAUGAUUUGACAACAGGGAUUCCGCUGCCGCGCCUGGAAUGCGAGGAAAACCUGAAGAAGUUGGACAAGAACGUUCUCAACACGGAUUUUUAUCCUUUUCUGCAAAUCGCUCAGCGCUUUCAUAAUGUCAAUAGAGACAUGGAAAUGUUGGCGUUGGGGCAGGCGUUCAAUGUCGCAAUGCUGAACAAGAUGACUGCUCGCCUCCGCCAAGCCGAAAAAACAAAUGCAGCACUGGAAAGAGAGUCAGACAUCAUCAAAGGCGUCGGAUUCGAUUUAAAGAGAGCCGCUGAAGUCGAAAAAGACGUCGAACUCCCUUGCAGAAAAAUCGUUAAAUUGUCAUCCAUCGUUACUGCUGUGGAGGCUUCGAAAUGGACUUCCUCACGUUUCUUCGGAGAUUCAAGAAACUUAAUGCGAUUCGUUUAUAAAGAAAUUGCGAAACGAGAUGCUUUUUUCGCCGGAUACUCCGCUCAGGACAGUUCGAAUAAAGGAUACGUUGCUUUCGGAGACAAAUUCUACCGGCCAAUAGUCGAUUUCGUCGUUGCCGGUUUCAGACAGCCAAGAGAUGUCAACACGUUGACAACACUUCAUUGUGCCGCAAGAGAGGCAAUGAUUAAUCUAUUAGAUAGAUUCCGGAAAGAAUACAAAGAAAAAAUGGAAUCUACAGCCAAGGAAGUGGCCGAUACGUUGAAGGAUCAUCUUUUCCGGCUGUCUCUUGUGGAGGACGGUUUGUAUCAGGAAGCUCUGGACCUCACUGACAUCUCGACGCCUCAUGCCGAUUUCAUCUGCUUGAAGUGA